AUCCAGGGCUGUCACGAAUUGAAAGGUCUGGCGACCUCUAGCGACGCGUCAAGCGGACGCUGCACCUCUAAAGCGGCGUCGGUCCCGGGGCAGUAGCAACAGCAGCAGCAACAGCAGCAGCGAUGGCCAUUCAUACGUACGCCGGCACGAUCAGGAAAGACGACGCCAACUACAAGCAGCAUUUCCGAAUGAUUAACGAGCAGCAGGUGGAGGACAUCACCAUCGAGUUCUUCUACAGGCCGCACACCAUCACGCUGCUCACGCUCACCAUCGUCUGCCUCGUGUACUUCGCCUUCACGAGGGAUAACAGCAGCCCCGAGGACAACAUAUGGCGGGGAAUCAUCUUCGUCACCGUUUUCUUUCUCAUCGUCAGCGUCAUGGCCUUCCCCAACGGUCCCUUCACGAGACCUCACCCGUCCAUAUGGCGCAUGGUGUUCGGCAUGAGCGUCCUCUACUUCCUGUUCCUCAUAUUCCUGCUCUUCCUCAACCCGGAGCAAGUUAAGGCCAUCAUGUACUGGCUGGACCCGGCGCUUCGCAACGCCACGCGUGAAGCUGACAUCAUGGAGUACGCCGUGAAUUGCCACGUGAUCACGUUGGAGAGGAUCGCGAGCCACUUUGAUGUAUUUGCGUUCGGCCACUUCUGGGGCUGGGCCAUGAAGGCACUCGUCGUGCGGAGCUACGGCCUCUGCUGGACUAUCAGCAUCACGUGGGAGAUGACCGAGUUGUUCUUCAUGCACCUCCUGCCCAACUUCGCCGAGUGCUGGUGGGACCAGGUGAUCCUGGACAUCAUCCUGUGCAAUGGUGGUGGCAUCUGGCUGGGCAUGGUGGUCUGCUACUUUCUGGAAAUGAGGACCUAUCGAUGGGAGAGCGUCAAGGACAUCCACAGCACGACGGGCAAGAUCAAGCGCGUGGUAAUGCAGUUCACGCCCGCGAGGUGGACGUACGUGCGUUGGUUCGACCCCAAGUCCUCUUUCCAGCGAGUCGCCGGCAUCUACCUCUUCAUGAUCAUCUGGCAGCUCACGGAGCUCAACACCUUCUUCCUCAAGCACAUUUUCGUCUUCCAGGCGGGGCACCCAAUCAGCGUCGGGCGCAUCUUCCUCAUCGGCAUCAUCACAGCGCCCACUGUCAGGCAGUACUACGCGUACCUGACGGACACGCAGUGCAAGCGCGUGGGCACUCAGUGCUGGGUUUACGGAGCCAUCGCGUUCCUGGAGGCGAUCGUUUGCAUAAAGUUCGGCAAGGAGCUGUUCUCCAAGACGCAGGUCAUGUACGUGUUCCUGUGGCUCGUGUGCAUCGCCUUCAUCACGUUCGCGUGCCUCUACGUGAUGGUGGCGUAUGCCGACUGGGCUCCUACUCGCGAAAAGUCUCUGUCGGAGUGCGAGGACUCGGUGAGCUACGUGGACUCAUCCCCAGAUAACUCCAUCAUGGAACUGAGCGAUAGCAGACAGGACAUACAGGAAAAGCCUGACCCCGUCGCGCUGAAAAAGACUCUGUGAAAUGCGCAGUCAUCCGAUCGCCGUGAUGGCGGCGGCGGCGGCGGCGGCGGCGGCGAUGAGGGUGGUGGUGGCCGUGGCGACGAUGACGACGAAUGGUGGAAGGCGAGUAGCCUGGGCUGCACCGCUUUGCUCCAACGUUUCGCGAUCAUAUAAUGCACACUGUGAAAGAAGAGGCGUACGCGAGCUUUAGUAGUUAAGACGUCGGGUGACAAAUACGCUGCUGUGUUUGCAUUUUUUAUCCCAUACCCAGGGAUUUAAUUUCAUCUGGAAACUGUCCGAGGGCGGCGACCCAUGAAAUACCCCCUCGCCCGGCACACCACAUCCAGGAUACCUUUCACUUGUUCCAGCAGCUUUGACCACGACUGGUCACGUGCCACCUACCACGUUCUACCAGCGACCCAGAAAAUAUUCCGUGAGGAAUUAAGCCCCGCUCCGAAUCAGUUAUAAAAAAAAAAAAAUCAAAUAUAACACUUGACCGUCAGACAUUUUUUUUAUAGGUUUUUUUCAAUUGUAUGUUAUUAUUAUUAUUGUAUUUUUGUUAGUAUUACAACUGCACUCUUCUCUAGUAUUACAUUUUUUAAAAUUGUUUAUCCAUCUCAUCAUUGCCACCGACAAUCGCAACUGUUGCGGGCUUUCCACGUUCCUUCUUGUUGGGGAUCGUCAUCACCAUCAUCAUCGUCUUCAAUAGGUUUGGUUAAGGUGAACAUCACUAUGCCGAAUUGGUUGUAGCCAGGGUGGGGUUAUGGUUAGCGUUUGGGGCUUGUAAUCCGGAGGUCACCGGUUCGAUUCCCCCUUCCGGCGUGACAGCUGAAAUAUUGGAGGCGAGUUUCUUAAACUGCUUCUCAACCCCCCUCCACCUCUGACCACCCAGCAAUGUAAAUGGUUUACACCUAAACUAAACUAUUUUAAGUUUAAAUUUCGAUUUAAAGCUUUCGUGACUGCAGGGAUUCAUCUUCUUGGUUCUUUCGGUAAAGUCACGUAGAAGGGAAGUAAUAAAAUAAUAAAAAUAGAACAUAAUAAAAUAAUUCUCACGACGUUUCGGCCACAACGCAAGCAGCCGUCCUCAGGUGAAAACCAGGUCUGUUUACCAGGUAAGGCCCACUGAGUUAUUUAGCUCUUUUUUCAGAGAAAAUCCACAACAUUUACAAUCUCAAUCACACCGGUGUGCUGUACUCGUAACGAAUUGGCAUGUUUUGUUUACGAGACAAACCUUACUAAUUGGCUGUGUCGGGUGGUGGCGGGUUUAAUGACACAUUAUAUAGCUACGUCGAUUUAACCCCCCCCAAAAAACCUGUAUUAUGGAUGAUAUUGGUUGCGAAAGCCUACGUGCUUUUAAACUAACAUUUUAAUCAAUUAUUUGAAUCGAAUCGUGGCCCAGAGUUGUGACGAAUCUUCGCAUCUCUGGUGGCGGCGGUGGUGGUGGGGGUGGGUGGGAAGGCAGGGGAAUGGGUGCAGAAGAAUCGCCACGUGACUAAAUGAAAUUGUGAUUGACUUUUAACCGGCGAAUUUCUCUCAGGUUAUCAGGAGUUAGUUGUGUGUUUGCAGGGGGACCUUGCCGAAGGCUGACACCUACCGCUGCCGUGGGUUAUGGGUUUGAGAAAUUGUCACGAAACAACUGCCAACCUGUGGAGCCCAGUGACAUUGAAUUACCAAGUCUAGACACGGCGGUCUGACAUUGGGCUUCCUACUCAUUUGAAUGGGAAAGAAAGUCUUAAAGUAGGGAAUGCUGCUUAGCAAUUUGCUCCUCAAUGUGGGCAUUGCCAGGCAUUGCUUAUACUGAUCUACAAUGUGCUAUGUAGGCAUUGCCUACAGUGAGUAAUGUUAAGCGAUACCUUGUGGUAUAGCUAAUAUUAAAAAAACGUCUACAUUGAGCGAUGCACAUAGGUAAUACCUCUACUGAGGGAUACAUUGUGAUAUAGGUAAUACCACGGUGUUACCUAUACCUAAUAGUAUUAUUGUACUGAAGGGUACAUUUUAAUUUAGGUAAUACCACAGUCUAGCGUGCACUAAGCAAUAUUCUUCGGUGAUAUUAACUCAUUGCCUGUACUAAGCAAUAGCACUAUAGCCAGUCGGUGGUAAUUUCUGCUGUGUGUUUGCUGUUAUCGUUAUUGCGUUUAUCAACAAGGUGCGCAGCGUGGCUGAUGUUAGGAGACCCUGUCGCAUCAUCGUUAUCUCUGCGAGAAGUAGGGUCAUUGUGGGGUGGCUCACGGGGUUCAUAAUGGCCAUGUUGGAGACACCGACCCGGCACUACUGGGAUCCUGGGUUUGAAUGCGGGUCUCAACCGCCCAUGGUUAAACCGAGUUCUCGAAUUGUGGUGAGUCAUCUUCUUGGUUCUUUCGGUAAAGUCACGUAGAAGGGAAGUA